AUGGACAGAUUCGAGGGACACGCUCGUCAACUCUCUGACGCAGCCCAAGCUCUAGCCACAUAUUGCAAGUUACUCCAUGGUCAGCCCUUUGUCUCCGCAAAUGCACCAUCGGAAAUCCAGCAGGCGCGACAAUCGAUACUCAGCAGCAUCACCCAGAUCCAGACUCUCCUCAACGAGCCGGCAGACUUUCUCCAACAACUGGCCAUAAAGAACCAAUAUCUUGCAUGCAUCCAUUGGCUGGGUGAAUUUCAGGUCCUUGCCUGCAUCCCCCUAUCCCACAGUGUCCCAUUCGAAGAUGUGGCUGAAUUGGCCGGCAUUCCCGAGCCGCAUCUACGUCGAGUCGUCCGUAUGUUAGCGACGACGGGAUUUCUGCAAGAGCCCGAGCCGGAUCACGUUGCGCAUAGUACAAUUUCAUCACAGUUUGUCACGCGACCCUCAUACCUCGAUGCGGCGAUGUUCCUUGCGGAGACGGCCGCCCCAGCUGCGCUGCAGAUGCCCGCUGCCAGUCGCGACCCCGCCCAGGCGUCUUUCCCGAUGAUUACCGCUGCUGCACCGCAGCCUAAGGUCCGACGCCAGUGGCAAGCCUAUUUACAGUAUGGGUUGGGCCACUCCGAUUCCAAUAUAGGAGAGCUCUUGGAGCAAUUUGAUUGGGUGGGUUUAGAGGGUGGAACUGUUGUGACGACCGGAGCCCGCGCCAUUCCCGUGGUUCGCAAUCUAGCAGAUCGAUAUCCGACACUCGGACAACUUAUUCUCCAGAGCGAUGGUGAUCUCCAGCCUAAUGGGACAUCCCCUCGUGUAUCCUUCCAAAAGCGAUGUCUUGGCUCAUUGCAGAAUGUUCCCGACGCGGAUGUCUACGUGAUUGGCCUUCCAUCACCAUCGCUUGCCCUCCCUGUCUCGGCCAUUCUCGAUCAGAUAGCAUCUGAGCUACGCGCCCAUCUACAUAUUCUGCGGUCUGACCGACGGCCUGCAAUUUUGCUCCUCGCAACUCGACCCAUGUCCGAUCAUAUUCCGGGGACCGACUCAGCGGGUGAGCUCAUUACUCGGCUGCACGACUUGUCCCUUCUGCAGCUCGCCAAUGAGCGGGCAAUGGAGAUGACCGAGUUAAUGCAUGUUGUCAACGGGAUUGGGGAUACAGCAGGCUGUCUUGGAGUGGUGCGCCGGAUAACUAUCCCUCAUAUUACGGAUGCGUUGCUAGAAGUGCGAUAUCAUGCGUAUGCUAGCGACCAAUAG